AUGGAGGCACAUUACUGUUUGGCGAUAGCGCAUGAUGGGAACUCGAACAUCCUCCCGAUAGCCUUCGCCCUUGUGGAGGGAGAAAAUGCGGACUCAUGGUCAUUCUUCUUGUCCAACCUACGAUCGCAUGUGACGCCGCAGGAGGGUAUUCUUGUUAUCUCUGACAGGCAUAAUGGCAUCAAGGCUGCCCUUGAGGCGCCCGAGAAUGGUUGGCUGCCUCCACGUGCUUUUCGAGCGUUCUGUAUUCGUCAUGUGGCGGCAAAUUUUAGCCUAAGCUUCAAAGGUAAAGAUACAAGGAGGAUACUGGUGAAUGCUGCCUAUGCAAAAACUGAAGCAGAGUUUUAUUAUUGGUUUGACAUCAUGCGGACUGAGAAUCCGGCCAUGUGUGAUUGGGCCAAUCGGAUGGAGUAUGACAAGUGGACCCAGCAUCAGGAUAGCGGGAGACGGUUUGGGCACAUGACAACCAACAUUAGUGAAUGUGUGAAUUCUGUGUUAAAGGGAACUCGCAACCUCACGUUCACUUCAUUGGUUAAGUCAACUUACGGGAGGCUUGCUGAGCUAUUCAUGGUCCGCGGACAGACGGCGGAGGCACAGCUGGGAACUGGGCAUGAAUAUUGUCAGGCGUUGGUGAAGGCAAUUGAUCGGAACAUCAGAGACUCCAGGUGCUUCACCAUCACAUUAUACGACAGGCGCCAAUCGGAGUACACGGUGGCUGAGACGACACCGACUGGAAACUUCUCGCUAGGUAGCUAUCGAGUUUCCUUUAAGGAUCAGACAUGCGACUGUGACCACUUUCAGGCACUGCAUUAUCCAUGUAGUCACGCCAUUGCAUGUUGCGCUCACUCGCACCUGAAUUGGGCGUCAUAUGUUCAUGAGGUGUAUCGUAUCAGUGAGGUGUUCAACGUGUACAAGCAAGGGUUUGUUCCGCCUAUCCCAGAAGGCCUAUGGCCCCCAUAUGCUGGACCAACAGUUAUUCCCGAUCCUAACAUGAGGCGUGCAAGGGAAGAAUGUCCGAAGGCAACCAGGUUCCGCGGUAGCAUGGAUCAGUCUGUUGAGAACCACCCCAAGCGCUGUGGGCUCUGCCAUUAG